AUCUCUUAAAUCCUUAUGGUGCAGAAGAUCCCAGACCAGAGAGGCUCCGAUUAUUAUCAACACCAUGGGCUGGGUCAAAGGAUUUGGAUUCAAGCUGCUGGUUGACAUGAUCCGCUUCUUCCCAGUUUCCCAUGUCGUCCAGCUCAGUCACAGUGGUGUCAAUCAGUGCCCCGCCCUCACUCCAGACUUUCUGAGAACGGCAAAUGGCUUUCAGACUCACCCACCCGCCCAGACCGCUCUGGAUGAGUUUACAGAAAGCCACAGCCCCCCAAGAAUCUACAGUCACAUUAGUAUACAAGCAGAGUUUCAAGGAGUUGGGAGUCAAGGAACAGCGAAACACCAGCGUAGUAGCUGUUCUCGACACUCCACUCAACGGUUUGGGUAUGAUUCCUCUCGACAGCUACGUUGA